AGUUCGGUGCUGCUUAUCCUUUCCCUUGCAUAUAUCUCUGCCAUUCUCCACCUCUCGCUCCCAGACCUGCUCGCGCUCCAACAAGCCGCAAAGCGCCAUGGCCUCCAUCCCGUGCACCAUCCAGCUCGCGACCAAGGCGGCGUCCUCGUCUUCCGGGUGGAGGUCGCCGCGGGCGGUGGGGGGAGUGCUGAGGACCCCGCAGCUGGGCGGCGGCGCAGCGUGGCUGCGGCCGUCACUGUUGAGCAAGGUGGCGCCGGCGAGGGAGAGCGGCAGAGUGAGGUUCUUCAAGUUCGGGAACAAGGACGCUGAGGGCGCCGGCAUCUACGGCAGCCAGGCGAGGGACGACUUCGACCGCGACGACGUCGAGCAGUACUUCAACUACAUGGGGAUGCUGGCGGUGGAGGGCACCUACGACAAGAUGGAGGCGCUGCUGAACCAGAGCAUCCACCCGGUGGACAUCCUGCUGAUUCUGGCCGCCUCCGAGGGCGACUUGCCCAAGAUCGAGGAGCUGCUCAAGGCCGGCGCCAAGUACGACGUCAAGGACGCCGACGGGAGGACGGCGCUGGACCGGGCUAGCGGCGAGGUCAGGGAGUUCAUCACCGGCUUCGCCGUGGCCAAGAAGGCAUGAUCACUCAUGCUUGGAGAUUCCGGUUUGGGGUGUGUAGAUUCUCCUCCGUUUUGCUGCGGUCGGUAGAGUGAGCUUAGCCGGGAGAUUCACGAGCUGCUCGGGUCGGCACGGUGCAACGACUGACCUUGCUUUGCGAAGGACCUGAUCUCCAUGGAAAGUUUGAGUAGUUGCUGAACCUGACGAGCAGGUUUCGUUGCGUCAUCCUUGAACUGAGGCAACUGAUAUAUAAUGUUAUUCGGAAAUAAUGUUAUUCGGAAGAAGAAGAACCUUGCUUCA